UAUAAAAGAAACAAAUUCCUUUUAGGGGCAUUUUGUUUUAUAUAUAGUAUUUUAAUAAAAAUACAAAGUUUCGGUUUAAAAGCUAUGUACUCAUUAACAAUAUUAUUAUUUUAAUAUUGUGUUAAGUGUAAAAUAAUUAAAAUUUUGAUAGUCACUAAGGCUAACAUUGCCUUAAAAAAGAAGGUUCCAUACAUUUAGGGUAACAAUUGUUUGUACUUGGAAGUUGCACUCAUCCAGCAUUAUACAGUAAAUUUUCGAUGCUAACACUCCUUCUUCGUAACAGUGUCGUCUGUAUACGACAAAGCAACUGUUCCAAUGUUGGAGGUGCGAUACGUCAAUUCCGAAUUACAAUCCGCCAAGAAUCACAGCUGCCAAACCUUUCGCCGUACGAUAUCAACUUAAUUUUGAGAGAAAACGAAUACAUCCAAACGUUUGCCGAAGAUGACAGCAUAGUACGUAGCUAUGAAUCCAAUCAAUUAAGUUCGAAUAAACCUUGUGAAGAUUCCCGAACCGAAGCCACAUUUUUACACAAAAAUGGUUUCAUAUGUGGAAUAUUUGACGGCCAUGGUGGACCCGCCUGCUCUCAAGUUAUUUCCAAACGCUUGCUGCGAUAUGUGGCGGCAGGGGCCAUCGACAGAGGAACACUGAAUGAAAUAAUAACCAAAGAUUACAACAGUCAAUCAUUUUUAAGAUGCCAUAAUGAUAAGGCGGAUUUCGUCUCCGAAAUAAAAAAUAUUUACGAAAAUAGCUUCAGGGAAUAUGUGCAAACUAUUUCUGGACAGGCAGCACAAGAUGUCGCAUUUGAUAUAAGCAACGCCUUUUUGCGUUUAGAUGAUGACUUAUCAAAAGAAGCUUUAAAACACACAAAUAUGCGCACAAUGUCGGUAGCAAUGUCAGGCGCUGUGGCUUGUGUAGCUCAUAUUGAUCAGCUAAAUUUGCAUGUUGCCAGCACUGGUGAUUGCGGCGCAGUCUUGGGUAUACAAUGUCCUGAAACCGGACAGUGGCAAUCUAAAAAAUUAAACAACGAGCACAACGCCGACAAUCUUAAGGAAGUUCAACGCAUCUUAGAAGAGCAUCCCAAAGAGGAGCACGACACGGCCAUACGUAAUGAGCGUUUAUUGGGUCAAUUAGCACCUUUACGAGCACUAGGAGACUUCCGUUACAAAUGGAGUAACGAAAUAAUGGAUAAAUAUGUUGUACCUACUUUUGGGGAGCACGCGGUGCCACCACAUUAUUACACACCACCUUAUCUAACGGCGCUGCCAGAAGUACAGCAUCAUGUACUAGGGCCCAGCGAUAAAUUUUUGGUUAUAGCUAGCGAUGGUUUGUGGGAUUUUUUAACACCAUCCCAAGUUGUAGGUCUCGUUGGCGAACAUUUAAAUUCCAAAAAGGUACUGGAACCUAUGAAGUUACCACCUGGCGAAGUCACAUUGCUGGACGUAUCCAAAUUGUUGGCAGAACGAAAAGCUGGACGCGCAAGAAAACCACUGGAUCAAAAUUCCGCAACACAUCUAAUACGCAAUGCUUUGGGGGGCACCGAUUACGGCAUUGAACAUUCGAAAAUUGCUUACUAUCUUUCGUUGCCGCAAGAUGUGGUGCGUUUGUAUCGAGAUGAUAUUACGAUUACAGUGAUCUAUUUUAAUACGGAAUAUAUAACAAAACUCAAUGAAAAUACAUAGAUUAUACUGUGUAGAAAUGCUGCAAACUAAACUUUACCUCAAUGCAGUCAGAUUAGCCGAAAAUCAUGCCAUUAUUCGGCCUUCAUACCGCUAUAUAUCGGGUGAUUUUUUAAGAGCUUGAUAACUUUUUUUAAAAAAAAAACGCAUAAAAUUUGCAAAAUCUCAUCGGUUCUUUAUUUGAAACGUUAGAUUGGUUCAUGGCAUUUACUUUUUGAAGAUAAUUUCAUUUAAAUGUUGACCGCGGCUGCGUCUUAGGUGG